CUCUCCAGAUUUUACCCUCGCCCGGUAUAAUGGCAUAUGCCUUGGGAGAUGCGCUCCCAAAUUGGGAAGAAGCUCUUGGAGCAAAAUUUUUGGGCGCUCUCCCCAUUUUUUUUUUACCCCUCGCCUGCUUUUCCUUUUUUUCCCGUUCGCUGUAAACUAUAAAGCUCUCGCUCGUUCCCACUCGUGGAGGUUUGGUUUGGUUACUAGGAUUUCUUUCUUCUUGUGCUUCCUCUCAUCGCCAUCGCUUCGUCGCUCUUGCGUUCUCUCUCUUUUUUCCUCCUCUCUCUCGCGGCGCUGGCACUGUGCGAUUGAGCGAUUGAUGAUCGGCCAAAUCGGCCUCGAAUAGCGAUCGAUUGAUCGCGGGUUCGAUUCGAUCCCGUAAUAUUUCGAUCGAUCGAUCCCAAUGCCGCAGUAUCCACCUCUCAAUUCCCAGGACGAUGAUCCAGUCGGCAAGCCCCAGCCGCGGCGCAAGGAGGCGGCAGUGGCGGCGGCGGCGCCAUUCGUCCCGCCCAAUCUCAAUCUCCCGCCCUCGCUCGCCUCCUCCCGGGUGGAGCGCCUCGUCCGCGAGAGGCAGCUGCGGCGGAGCGAGCGCGCAUCGGCAUCCGAGGACGCCAUCGACGAGGACGACGCCGCGGAUCAGCCGCAAGAACAGCCGCCGGCCGAUAAUAUUUCGCUCGAGCACCAAGCGCGCGACGAUAAUCCGCCGCCAUCGCAGCAGCAACAGGAGGAUCUUCCGGCCGAUCAGGGAGGGGGCGAGAAGCAGCGCCUGCUCGUAGUCGCGAAUCGAUUGCCCGUGUCGGCGACGAGGAAGGGGGACACACAAUGGAGCUUGGAAGUCAGUGCUGGAGGGCUUGUCAGCGCAUUGCUUGGAGUGAAGCAGUUCCAGGUCAUCUGGAUUGGCUGGCCUGGCGUCUACGUCCAAGACGAUGUGGGGCGUCAGUCGCUGGCGCAAGCGCUCGAAGAGAAGGGAUUUGUCGGGGUUUUGCUCGAUGAGGCCACGGUCGAUCAGUAUUAUAAUGGCUACUGCAACAACGUUUUGUGGCCACUGUUUCACUACAUCGGGCUUCGUCAGGAGGACAGGCUUGCCGCUACCCGGAGCUUGCAGUCGCAAUUUAACGCGUACAAGCGUGCUAACCAGCUGUUUGCGGAUGCAGUCAUCAAAAACUACCAGGAAGGAGAUUUCGUUUGGUGCCAUGAUUAUCAUCUCAUGGUUCUUCCGAGCUAUCUCAAGGAGUAUAACAGCCACAUGAAAGUGGGAUGGUUCCUUCAUACGCCUUUUCCUUCCUCCGAAAUUUAUAGAACUUUGCCACUGCGCGCAGAGUUGCUCCAGGGAGUUCUUGCAGCAGACUUAGUCGGAUUUCACACGUACGACUAUGCAAGGCAUUUCGUCAGCGCCUGCACAAGGAUACUGGGCCUGGAAGGUACUCCCGAGGGAGUGGAAGAUCAAGGAAAGAUAACCCGAGUUGCAGCGUUCCCUGUUGGAAUCGACUCCGAGAGGUUCACUCACGCCGUGGAGACGGAAGCUGUAAAGCAACAUAUUCAGGAGUUGAGCGCUCGCUUUGCUGGGCGCAAGGUUAUGCUCGGCGUAGACAGGCUUGACAUGAUUAAAGGAAUUCCGCAAAAAUUGCUUGCCUUCGAAAAGUUUUUAGAGGAGAAUCCAGAGUGGCGUGACAAGGUUAUUUUGGUCCAAAUUGCUGUUCCGACGAGGACGGACGUGUUGGAGUACCAGAAGCUAGCAAGUCAGGUGCAUGAGAUAGUUGGUCGCAUCAACGGUCGUUAUGGAUCUCUUACGACGGUCCCGAUUCACCACCUUGAUCGAUCAAUGAAGUUUCCAGAGUUGUGUGCCCUUUACGCCAUCACCGAUGUGUUGCUUGUCACUUCGCUGCGGGAUGGCAUGAACCUUGUGAGCUACGAGUUUGUGGCUUGUCAAAAUGUCAAGAAAGGCGCUCUUGUUCUUAGCGAGUUUGCAGGCGCUGCUCAAUCUCUUGGUGCUGGCUCCAUCCUGAUAAACCCUUGGAACAUCAUUGAAUCUGCCAACGCAAUUGCGGAAGCACUGAACAUGCCAGAGGAGGAAAGGGAAGAACGUCAUCGUCAUAACUUCAUGCACGUUACGACUCAUAGUGCUCAGGUGUGGGCAGAAACGUUUACGAGGCAAGUUCUACUCUUUUCUUUUCUUUUUUUAAACUCACGCACCUAUUCAACCAGUGAAAUGAACGACUCUAUUUUGGAGGCUGAGUUGCGUACUCUGCACAUUCCUCCCCAACUGCCAACGGAAAAGGCCAUCGCUAACUAUUCGGCAUCGAAGAAUCGUCUCAUGAUUCUGGGAUUCAACUCUACGUUAACUGCGCAAGUUGAAGCUCCACGUGGAAGGGCCCCUGAUCAGAUUAGAGAGAUGAAGAUACGUCUGCAUCCUAAUCUCAAAGAGGUGUUCAACGUCUUAUGCACUGAUCCAAAGACCACUAUAGUAAUUCUGAGCGGAAGCGAGCGUGCCGUAUUGGAUGAGGCCUUUGGCGAGUUUGACAUGUGGCUGGCAGCAGAGAAUGGGAUGUUUCUUCGCCACACACAAGGAGAGUGGAUGACAACCAUGCCUGAGCAUCUCAACAUGGAUUGGGUUGAAAGCGUGCAGCUAGUGUUUGAAUAUUUUUGCGAAAGAACACCACGCUCGUUUGUAGAGACGCGUGAGACAUCAUUGGUGUGGAACUAUAAGUACGCAGAUGUGGAGUUUGGCAGAGUACAGGCCAGAGACAUGCUUCAGCACUUGUGGACAGGACCAAUCUCCAACGCAGCCGUAGACGUUGUUCAAGGUGGAAAGUCAGUGGAAGUCCGUCCUGUUGGCGUUUCGAAGGGGUCCGCGAUCGAUCGCAUCCUCGGUGAGAUCGUGCACAGCAAGCACAUGCUUUCGCCAAUCGACCAUGUCAUGUGCAUCGGACACUUUUUAAGCAAAGACGAAGACAUCUACACCUUUUUCGAGCCAGAGCUCCCGUUUCUGGACGCGGCAGUCUUCAGCAGCAAGCUUCAGGACAAGCGAGUGAGCAAAUCCUCGAGCAAGCACGGCAGCUCACGCCAUGCCAAGUCCCACCCGGCCACCAUGUCGCCGGACAGGAAGAGGAGUGAGGAGGAGCAGCUGAUCGAGGAGGCCGGGAGAUGGGAGGGGUCGUCGGUGCUGGAUCUCAAGGGCGAGAACUACUUCUCCUGCGCGGUGGGGGCGUCCAAGCGCUCGCUCGCUCGCUACUGCCUCAACUCCUCGGACGAAGUGGUCACCUUUCUCAGCUCGCUCGCCGCCGCCACCGAGACGUUCCCCAAGAAGGAAUCGUUCAAGAAGAGCGGCUGGCACAGCCCAACGCCACGGUCACCCAGAGUGGUCACUGUGAGUAACUAAGAACACACCUUGGUCUAUUGUAUAAAGCUCUUGGUUCUACCUUCGAGGA